GAUAUUUUGGCACAUGUGUACUGUGUACACAUUAUCUUAGAUAAACACUAGAACUUGAGAAGAUAAGCGCCAUUUGAUUUUCCUAUAAAUUUGGGAGUGCGUUUGCUCAACUUUCACAACCAACCUUCAAUUCUUAGCAUCAAUCUUUAAGCUAGACAGCAUUUCUUCAAAGUUCAAACCUUCCUAAAAAGAACUUCUAAAUAUGGAAGGCUCAUAUUCUACAUAUUCUCUAGCCCGUAACAUUCUCCUAAUAGCAGUUUUCUUCACUUCCUCCAUUAGUUUCAUCUCUGCCCUUGAGAAAACAAAUGUCGAGUUCAUCAGAACAUCAUGCGGUUUGACAACUUAUCCUACACUCUGCUUCAACUCAUUGUCAAGUCGAUCAGGUGCAAUCCAAACAAGCCCAAAGCUACUAGCCCAAGCAGCUCUAUCAGUUACCCUCGACAAGACCCGCUCCACUUCAUUAGCAAUGGUAAAAUUGUCACAAGUGCAUGUCAUGGCUCCCCUGGAGGUUGCAGCCAUGAAAGACUGCAUUGAGUUGCUGAGUGACGCGGUAUACGAAUUGAAAAAAUCAAUUGAGGAGAUGAGUCAACCGGGUUCCAAAGAUACCCGGCUAGUGAUAAGUGACAUACAAACAUGGGUGAGUUCUGCAAUGACGGAUGAAGACACUUGCUCCGAGGGGUUUGUGAAUGACACGAAAAUGAAAAAUGUGGUGAGAAGAAAGAUUGUGAAUGUUGCCCAUUUAACCAGCAAUGCUUUGGCUUUAUUUAACAGCUAUGCUCUACGCGGAUAAUUUAAGGAAAAUAGCUUAGAGAUACAUUUCAAGAAUCACAUAGCUAGCAAGGCAAAUGGUUGCUACUUAAUUGCUAGUCUUUGAAUGCAAAUACAAUGUCUUAUAUAUUGAGAGAAAAUGUUAAUUUGAAAAUA